GCAACCGAAAACGUCCGAAACCGUUUCCAACGAGAUCUUGUAGUCCCCAUGAACCCUAGAUCGAUCCCCUCUCUUCUCUCCCCCUCCGGUCUCCUCUCGCGCGCCGGGUCCAGAUCUCGACUCGGAUCCCGCAUUGGGGCUUCCUGGCUUCCAGUUCGGCGAUUCCGAGGGAGAUCGGGAAGUCUUUGAAGCCUUCGCUUUUGGAUUUCUAAUGGUACGGAUCGUGUGAAGGGAUUUGGAUCGCCGUGGAGCGCUGGGGAUUGGAAUGUGAUGAGGAGGAUUCGGUGGAUGUUGGACAUCGUAGCAUCGAUUUCUGGCCAUAUUUGCAGGAUUUUUGGGGCAGCAUUUGUGGUUAUUGCUUUAGAGGAGUGAUUUUGGAUUGAUAUUUGAAAGUUUUAAUUGUUGGGGAGUUCGAGAUGGAUUUGUCUGCGAUCAGCGAGGAGCUGGCCGAGAUCGAGGGGCAGAUCAAUGAUAUCUUCCGGGCAUUGUCAAAUGGAUUUCAGAAAUUGGAGAAGAUCAAAGACCCAAAUCGACGGAGUAGACAGUUGGAAGAACUUACUGAUAAGAUGCGGGAAUGCAAGAGGCUUAUCAAAGGGUUUGAGAAAGUGAUGAAGGAAGAGGAGAGCAGAAAUACUCAUGAUAACAACAAAAAGCUGAAUGAAAAGAAACAGUCAAUGAUUAAAGAAUUGAAUUCAUUUGUUGCUCUCAAGAAGCAGCAUGCAAGUAGUCUUGAAAAUAAAAGAGUUGAUCUCUUUGACGGUCUUGGUGUUGGAGAUGGAGUUGGUGAUGAAAAUGUUAUGCUAGCAUCAACUAUGACCAAUCAACAGUUAAUGGACACUGGACAUCAAAUGAUGGAUGAGACAGAUCAAGCUAUCGAGCGGUCAAAGAAGGUUGUGGAAGACACGGUCAAUGUUGGUGCAGAGACUGCAGCUGCCCUCAAGGCACAGACUGAACAAAUGAGUAGGAUUGUUAAUGAACUGGAUUCAAUCCAUUUUUCAAUCAAGAAGGCAUCUCAACUGGUGAAGGAAAUUGGUAGAUCGGUUGCGACUGACCGUUGUAUAAUGGCCAUGCUCUUCCUCAUAGUGAUUGGGGUGGUAGCAAUCAUUAUUGUAAAGCUUGUGAACCCACAUAACAAGGAUAUUCGCGACAUCCCUGGACUCGCACCGCCAGUUAGUCGGAAACUCCUUUGGGAUCUAAGUGACAGAUGAAGUUCUGACUCUCAGUUAUCCAAUUACUCCAGAUGGCAUCUUUUCUCCCAAGAAGGCAUUUCUUCUAGGCAAUGCUGUCACCGAGUAUUAUACUUGUAAUUCAUUUCUUAUUGUUGGUAUCACCAUCACCAUUUUUUAAUAUAUAUGAUCUUACCUUUAUUAUCACCAUGUAACGAAAUGAUAGUCGGGCACAAGAAAAUAUUCAUUUUUAUAUAUAAGAAGGGCAUGUUAUCCAGUUAA